AUGUUGAGGCAUCCUAUAUUAUACAUAGACAAAGAUGAGUCUGGCUAUAACAUUGAUCCUAGCUUAACUUUUGAAAACCCGGGGCUCAAGAGAGCUUAUAUUGCUCUUCAAGCAUGGAAAAAAGCUAUGUACUCUGACCCUUUCAAUACAACUGGAAAUUGGGUUGGCGCGAAUGUGCGUGCCUAUAAUGGUAUACUCUGUUCACUGGCACGCGAUGAUCCUAAAUUGAAGGUUGUUUCUGGUGUCCAUCUUAACAAUGUUGACAUAGCUAGGUACUUUUCGAUUGAACUCACGCUCUUGAUUGAUCCCACCACAUUCCACAUAAACACUAACCGGUUUUGUGGAAUCAUCCCGGAUAGUUUCUUUAAACUGUAA